AUGAAUUCUCCGGGCUCGAGAUAUAAGGAUCUCUACGACGGACCUGAUCCUUACCGACGAUACUACCCCUACAACGACCAACCGAGCUUCUGGACGAGGCUUAACGAGCCGAGCGUCAUAGUGUCCCUCUUUGCUCUCGUCCUGACUGCGCUUUACUCCAUUUUCGGCGCAUCUGCUCUUCCGACCACAUUGCUCCUCCGCGCCGGUCAGACCCUCUGGGACAUUGUUGUUUGGAUUACGCCAUACGACGCCUUGACCCUUCUCGAAGGCUGGCUGCAUCCACCACUAGUUCCGCGACCGAUGCUCCAGAAUCAAGCGAGAACACAUGCCGCGAAGAGCGAUCUCCUGCGAAAAAUACUCGGCAUGGACAGACAGGGAGGCAUCAUGGGGACGGUUUCCCAGGCCGGCAUAAGAGGUUUUUCGUCAAUGUCGGGGGCCAUGAUGGGUUUUAAGGGAUCCAGCAACUCUCCCCCUGGCCUGGGGAAUCUCGAUAACUCAUGCUACCAGAACAGCAUUCUCCAAGGCCUCGCAUCGCUGAAGCCUUUACCGAAGUAUCUCGCCGAUCCCGUCCAAGACCCCGAACUCGACCGGGAAAAGGUCGAGGCCGUCGACACGCUGCGAAACCUGAUUGAAGACCUGAACAGCACUCGGAACUAUGGAAAGACUCUGUGGACACCGGGUUCGCUAAAGAACAUGAGCACAUGGCAGCAACAAGACGCGCAGGAGUACUUCUCCAAACUGCUCGACGAGGUGGAUAAAGAGAUAGCCAAGGUCGCAAAAGCGUCGCAAAAGUUGUCGGGAUUCGAGUCGGAAUGUGCCAACGACGAUACGGCGACAAGCCAACACAGCGACGACAGCGGUUACCAGAGCAUGUCGACCGUUUCCAAGAUCAACUCUGCGUCCAAGCCUUUGCGCAACCCUCUCGAGGGCUUGACCGCGCAAAGAGUCGCUUGCGUGGAGUGUGGCCACUCUGACGGACUUUCCAUGAUUCCUUUCAACUGUCUCACGCUCAGCUUGAACACGGACGGAAACGACCACGACCUCUACGAACUCCUGGACGCGUACGCGCAUAUCGAAUCGAUCGAGGGUGUGGAAUGUGGCAAGUGCACUCUUCUUAAGGCGAAGAGGCUUUUGACCAUUCUCAUUGAAAGAAUGGAGGGAACUGUGGAUGAAGACAGGCUGGCAGAGCCACGGUCGCGGCUGGCGGCUGUCGAGGAAGCGUUGGAGGAAGACGAUUUCGACGACAAGACGAUCACCCAGAAGUGCAAGAUCACUUCUAACAGCAAGGUUUCCUCUACGAAGACGAAGCAGGCGGUCAUUGCUCGCCCCCCGCAAAGCCUGGCUGUGCACAUGAACCGAUCCGUGUUCGACGAAAACUCCGGCAUGAUGUACAAGAACUCCGCGGGCAUUCGCUUUCCGUUGACAUUGGACCUCGGCCCGUGGUGUCUAGGUAGUGCCACCAAGCCGACCAAUGCCGCCGCCCGCGAACCCAUCGACGGUACAGCAUCUCCGAUAUUGAGCGAUGCAUCCGAGGAGGAGCAGUGGCUGCUUGACCCAAGAUCUUCCAUGAUAGCAGGCGACAAGCGAAAGUCGUACAUCACCGGACCAAUCUACGAGCUUCGCGCCGUAGUCACCCAUUACGGUAGACACGAAAAUGGGCACUACGUCGCGUAUCGCAAAUUCCCCCGGCAUUCUCCUCCCACUGCUGGGGAGACAGAUACGGAUGACGACAAGAAAAGUAUGAAUUCUAUGGUCAAGCCUCAUCACGAAGAGGAUGACACAGACGUAGAGAUGGACUGGUGGCGUCUCAGCGACGAAAGCGUUAGGAAAAUCGACGAGGAGGAGCUUCUGGACCAGCACAACGUCUUCAUGCUCUUCUACGACUGUGUCGAUCCAAACAUUCUACCCGCAUCUGAGGUUCCUGCCGAGGAGCCGGUCAUCAUUUCAAGCGCAGAAGUAGUUGCGGAUGACGAUGAGACGCCAAAGGUUGAGAAGCCCGCAUUCACUUGCACUGUUGUGGAGGUCUCCGAGACUGAUGACGAUGAGGGCGAGAUGCCUUCUGUGACUACGGUUGUCACAGCAGAGCCGCCAAGCAGCAAGGACGAGAAGAAAGCAUCUUCUGUACCUCUGCCAUUAGGUGAGGAUGAUGAGUUGGCAGAUAGCAAAACCACUGAGCGAUCGCCUCGAGUAAUAGCUGUCUAA